UGAGAAGUUCCUCUUUCAUAGAAACGCUGCUGCCGCCGCUCAGACGCCUGCAGAGAUGCUGCUCUGCCUGCUCCUGUGUGUCCACGUCUGUCACAGCGCUGCAGGAAUCCCCACUGUCAGCACACGGCAGCACACGGACGCUGUGCUCACCUGUCCUCAUGCUCAGGGAGAUGUAACCUGGAGCCGAGCUAUAAGAGGCACCCGGGUGACUCUUCUCACCGUCCGUAACGGUCACGUGAACAGCAGUUCGAAGCGCUUCGGUUCCCGUAACAACAACGAGCUGCUUAUCAGGAAUGUGGUAGAGUCUGAUACUUCGAUGUAUCUGUGCAAUGAGAGGAAGACCGCCUAUCUGAAUGUGACCACAGACCCCAGCGUGGUGGAUCGAACAGUCACCGGGAGAAAGGACGACCCUGACCGGAAGGUGACGGCUGCAGGUGCUGACACAGCGCCCCCCUCAGACUUGUGGAAAGUUCCUGUUGGCGUGCUGGCAGGAGCUGCACUGGUGCUGUUGUCCAUGUUGACUCUGAGACUGUGGAAAGCCGAGAAAGCAGCGAGGGACACGAGGGCGGUGCUGAGCGAGGUGGUUUACGAGGAGAUCGGACACGCCGACGUGGAGCCCUGCCCAGCCCCUGAGUCCAAGGUGGAAACCCCGUACUGCUGCUCUGACGUCGGCAACCAGUCAAACACCUCCACAGCACCGACUGCUCCUCUGUACAGCAACCAGUGCAGGCCCCAACCUGAAGGACACGCCUCCGACACCUGCGUGUAUCACCUUACCCAGAAUCCUCUGCAGAUAGAAAGCAGCUGCCGGAGCUCCUCCUGACUCCUUUAAACCAGUU